AUGUCGAAGGACACUAAGAAAAAAGAAAAGAAAAAGAAUCACAUCAUUACAAUCCGUGCUUUGAAUGGGCAGGUUCUGCUCGAGUUGACUGAUGCGGAUUUGGAAGUGGGACUCGGUAUCACGCAGCCGAUGCACCGCAAGAAGCUGCGGCUGGCGAUUGAGGAGCGCAGAAGGCCUGACCUGGUGCGGAACCCGACUAUAGGCCAAUUGACACAUGCUUGGGUCGCUGCGGAGUGGCUACCUGACUUAGGAUUGGCACAGUACGCAGAGUCAUUCCUGGCCAACUUAGUGGAUGCCCGGAUGUUGGACACGAUCAGCAAAAAGGAGCUAGAAAAGUACCUCGGUGUUACAAGAAAGUUUCACCAGGCGUCCAUUGUACAUGGCAUACAUUUGCUUAGAAUAAUGAAGUAUGACAGACAGGCUUUAGCUGUACGCCGGCAUCAGUGUGAAAACGUUGACGCAGAUCCUUUGGUCUGGACAAAUCAAAGGUUUAUGCGGUGGGCUCACAAUAUCGAUUUAGGGGAGUUCGCUGAGAACCUCAAAGACAGCGGUGUACACGGCGGAUUAGUAGUUCUAGAGCCUUCGUUCACCGGCGAGACAAUGGCAACAGCUCUAGGCAUACCGCCCUCUAAAAGUAUAAUAAGAAGGCAUCUGGUUGCGGAAUUUGAUGCGCUCAUCAUUCCAGCGAGGAAUAUGUUCGGACAUCAAAUUAGGAUGUUGGGUAGACCAUUUUCAAGGUCUGUUGCUACGGGUUUGCCGGGUAUUGAUCUAAGUGCCGAUUCUAGAAGACAUAGUUUAAGGGGAUCAAUUACUAGAGCAUUAGGUGCACUCAAGCCGAAACAUGAUAGAACAUCACCGUCUAGUUCUAGCGAGAGUUCCAGUGUCCUCAGUUUAACCUCUCAGCAUUAUCAGAUGUCGUAUUCUCCACCAAUAGCUGUCAGAACUUUAUCACAAUUGAGUAUGACGUAUGCUCCGCCACCUACACUGCAGGAGUAUGAACCGAUAUACACACCUUUGAGUUUAUACUCCCAGUCCAGUGUGUCAACACGGGAUAGUAUGCAGAGACUAAAUGAUAUUAAAGAGAGCGUCGGGAUUACGCACAGGUACGGACAAAAGGCAGAUCACGCACAUCGAGUCAGCUCUCCUCUUCCAGCUAAGUCUGUGGACGACUCUAGCAUUAAACAGAAGAGACAUAGAAGAGUCAAGAGCAUCGGGGGUAGACGAGCAGACGGAUCACCUGAUAGUAAGUUAUUAUCGUCGCCCAUGGACACCUGCAACACCAGAGGGGCUACAAGCGCGCUGUCGGCCUUUGAGGGACGAAUAUGA